AUGGGACCGGGAUUUCAAUUUAUGAUGGGCAAUACAAUUCAAGGGGAUGAGCUGAGCCUGAAAGUGAUGCCUCCUUGGGUGUGUGUAUCAAUAGUAUUUGGGGUGGUGCUGGUGGGGCAAAAAAGUGUGAAUGGCGGCUGUUGGCAGCGGCGUCUUUGCUGCCCUGGAAGGAACACUUCAUGCAAGGCGCUCGAUGACGGAAUUGGUCAUUUACCAUUGCACGGACUUGCCUCCGCUCACCAUAAUCAUUUCCAACGCCUCAGUCAGAAAUUCGGAAUGAGCAAGCCAAAUGAAAGAGAACGAGCGCCACCAGUGCCCCAUUACAGCAACGAUCGUGAUGAUGUGCGACUCGUUUAUCCAAAUGUUUACGAUGCUUUGAACAAUGAGAAGCUUGGUCAUUUGGUGAUGCCAGAUGUGGUCGCAUUGAAGGAUUCUGGAGCCGAGCUACUCUACAACAAAUACGGACUUAAAGCUGAUCAAAAUGGCGCUCUAUCUACCACAACGACUCCUGCCCCGGAUCCUUCAGCGAUCAAAAUGUGGAAGCAUUUGCUGUUCGGGAGGGAACAAGGCCCCGAUGAGGAGCCCCUCGAGCGAGUACAUUUUGCCGAGAUGCCCAAGAAUCUCCUCGUUAGAUACUCGGUUUUGCAGCACCACAUCCCACUCACAAUAGCGACACUGACCGAUUUAGAGGACGAGCCACAGCAGCUCAUGUAUCUAGAGGCACCAGAAAUCGAGUGCUACUGCGACGAGGAGUGCGUGAAAUUGGGCGAUUGUUGCUCCGAUUACACAUACGUUUGUCCGCCGCAAGAUUGCCUAGUCGAUCCGUGGAAUCCUUGGGAGCCUUGUAUUCCAGAUCAUGGUUUCUGUGGAAUCGGUAUGCAACGACGAGAGCGUCGCAUACGAGCCGCUCCAGAAAGAGGAGGUGCUGAAUGUCCUGCACUCCUCGAGAUGCGCACAUGUUGGAAAAACUGCCGCUCAUCGGAACAAGCGAAAAAGAGUGUGAAAUUGAAGACAACGCACUACUAUUGUAUCGAAUACGAGCUCGGAUGGGUGAAUAAAAACUGCGUGAACAAAGCGAUUACCAAGCAUUUACAUCGAGGGAAUCGUAUCUGUGCUGAGUGUCAACCGCAUGCACGACAACAUCGGAAGACGGACAGAUGCGCCUCCGAUUUGGAUGACGGGGAGAGCGGUUUCUGGAAGUUGAUCGGCCCGAAAAGCUGUAAUGGGAUUUGGACGAGAGUUGAGAGGAAAAAUCAUUGUCGAUGUUCAAGAGAUUGGCCACAUCUUGACCCUUUUCUUCUCGUU